AACGUUUCAGUAAUCACAAUGUCGGCUUUCCAAGCAGUUGUUUUGUGUACUCUAAUAACGACGUCUUUGGCGAAGGAUUUGUGGAGCUUUCCACCUAACCUCAAGUUUGGCGCUGCGUCGGCAUCUUAUCAAGUUGAAGGAGGUUGGAAAGAUGAUGGCAAGGGGGAAAAUAUAUGGGACAAAUACGUCCAUGAUCAUUCAGGGCUGAUAAAGGGCGGCGUCACCGGGGACAUUGCCGCCGACUCGUACCACCGUUGGCGGGACGACGUGAAGGUCGCCGCUAAGAUGAAACUACAAUUUUACAGAUUUUCCAUAAACUGGCCCCGAAUAUUGCCCACGGGGUUCACAAACAAGAUCAACCAAGCGGGUGUUGACUACUACAGUGAUCUUAUUGACGGGCUGUUGGCUGAGGGCAUUGAACCCAUUGUUACUAUGUACCAUUGGGAGUUGCCUGUCGCUAUACAGGACCUGGGAGGCUGGGCAAACCCUCUCAUAGUGGAAUGGUUUGGAGACUUCGCCAGGGUUAUCUUCAAAAUCUACGCCGAGCGCGUGAGGACCUGGCUCACUUUCAACGAGCCGGUAGCCUUCUGCGAUUACGGCUACAACUCUGGGAUGUAUGCCCCAGGGGUGCAAGAGCAAAUCUACGGACCAUACCUUUGCAAUAAGCAUGUACUGCUCGCCCACGCGAAAGCAUACAGGAUAUUUCAUAAAGAAUUCCGCCCAAGAUACACAGGCAAAAUUUCACUCGCAAAUAACGUAUUGUGGAUAGAACCGCUUGACCUGAGCUACUCUUCGCUGGCAGAACUUGGCAGACAACAUCAGACCGGCAGAUAUUCUCAUCCAAUAUUCUCUAAGGAGGGCGGUUGGCCGCCGUCCAUUGAGAAGUUGAUGGAGGAAUACAGUCUCAAGCAAGGCUUCAAGGAGUCCAGACUACCCAAAUUCACUAGACACGAGAUCGAAUUCAUAAAAGGCACAGCAGACUUCUAUGGACUGAACUACUACACGACUAACAUGAUCAGACCAGCCAUACCAGGGGAUAAACCAGGCAUAUGGUUCCUCAACGGAUCACCGGAACUAAAUGCCACAUUGCUUAAACCAAAGGGAGCGUAUUAUGGCCACGAUGACUUACUUCCGGUUAAGCCAGAAGGCCUACGCAAAGAGCUGAACUGGCUGAAAGAACAGUACGGAGACAUCGACUUCUUCAUCACUGAGAACGGAUACUCCACGACCGCCUACAAUUUGGCCGACUACGAAAGAGUGAAAUACAUGAGGGAUCAUUUGGAACAGAUGUUGCUGUCCAUCAAAGAGGACAAAGUGAGCGUGGUGGGUUACGCGGCGUGGUCUCUCGUAGACAACUUCGAGUGGCUUGGAGGUUACUCGACGAAGUUCGGCCUCUACGAAAUAGAUUACGAGCAUCCAAACCGCACCAGAACCGCGCGCGCCUCCGCACAUUACUACAGAUGUGUCAUAGAGAAGCGAUCUUUAGACGUUCCGAAAUCUUGCUACGUAAAGAACUACACACACAACAGAACUAGACGAACGGACAACCUUGCACCAAAUAGGGGGAUAUCGACACAGUGUACAAUAGUUUUAAACAUUCUCGUAUUAGCGGUAGGUUUUAUAUUAAGUACCAUAAUAACUAUAAAUUAGAAAAAUAAAUAUUUAUUGUUUAUUGUAUUAGCCAAUUUAGUGAUACUGUGUAGAUAAUAACUGUAUUUACUACCUAGUAGUUGGCAUAUACCUAUCGAUUACAAAAAAGCAUUCGACUCGGUGUCACACAAGUAUAUCUGGGAAACACUAGCAACACAAAAUGUGGAAAACGAAUAAGAGUAAGAGUAAGUAAGAGUAAGAGUACUCAAAGUGUAUACAGGAAGAGUAAAAGUAGAGUUAUUCUAGAAACAACCGGCCCUUGGUUCCCUGUAAAGUGUUUCCAGUGGGAGACCCACUGUCACCGAUACUAUUUAAUAGCCACAUUAGAAUUGAUAAUAAGCAAACUUGACGAGAAUGAAUGCGGUAUAAAAGUAAAAACUAUCUAGUAUCUUAGUAAGUAUCUUAGUCAUCUAUAUUUUUCCGACGACUUGGUGCUUAUCAGAGAAAAAAAGAAAGAUCUACUACUACUACUACUACUAGGAAAUUUACUGCGGGUUACUGCAAGUUAAUAUGGAAUAAGUACUAGAGCCUUAUAGACAUAUUUAAGAGCAAUAUGCCAAUCAAACUGAAGACUAAAGUUAUGAAAUCUUGCCAUAAACCAUACGUGACCUCUGCUUGCCAGACAUGGAAGUUUAUGAAAAAUAGCACAAAUAAAAUUAUAGCGUGCCCAGAGUAUGAUAAACAUGAAAAAAAAACAUACAAAAGUAACAUUAACAUGCAACAUUACAAAAGCAACAGAAUAUUAUGGUUAAGACCAAACUCUUGCAUUAAAAUGGAAGUGGACCGGACGUAGCACGCCUGCAAGAUCAAAGCUGGACAAAAUAAAUGACGGAAUGGAGGGGGUCAGUGGGUGAAGGAAAGAAAAAUCUUGUAACAGAUAGGAGGAUGAAAUUAAAUACACGAUGGGUCCAAACUAGAUGCAAAUAGUGCAAUUCAGAAAAAACUGGCACAAUUUGGACACACACACACAACUGGAGGAGACUUUUACCCCCAGACAGGUUCUUUCAAAGUAAUUAUUCCAGUAUUAUACCUAUUUUUAUUAAACUGAAAGUACUAAGUAUUAAAUAAUAAACUACUUUGUAAAGUAGCAUUUUCUGUAAGAAAUAAAAGGCCUUUUCUAUUUUAA